AUGGAACUUCAAAAGGAGAACACUCUAGGUAAAAUCGAUGACGCUGUUAAGAAGGCCGUAGAAGACACCAUCAGCGCAGAGGUUCGGUCUAUGGCGAUGGCUAGAUAUUCUAACCCAUCGGCAUGUGGGCACACGACAUCCCAUCCCUUUGCCUUGACGACGUUUGACACGUCAUCUACGCUCCCCGACUUCCUCCCGCUGAUAGGUGUGUCGUGGCCAGACUCGGUCAAAGCGGUUUGGAAGACGUUCAGGGUGAACUCCAUUGUUGGUCUCUUUUCAGAACUAUCAAGAGCGUGGAUAACAGUGGAUAACAAACUACUUUUGUGGAACUAUAGCACGGGGAGAGAUUUCUUUGUCUACGACGAGAUACCUGAGCUUAUUGUGGCGGUUGGUAACCCAAUUCCGCCGGCUGCUGGGGUGUUCCAGCCGCACAUAACGCUUGUAUUACCCGUAGCUACUCCAAAAACGGUUCACUUGUUAGGUUUGUGUGUAAUGGGGGAGGAACCAGGGAAAAAAGCAGAAUUGUGUGUGGUGAACCUGGGCUUCUCAGUGGUGACACCAACGCCGAUUACCAAGCUGGUUGGUCUGAGGGAUACUGGUCGUGUCUUCACAGCUGGGGCGGAUGGAUGUCUCUAUGAGCUGAAGUACACAAAAGAGAGCACACCCUUGCUUCCAAAAAUUAGACUUGUAAAUCAUUCGUUGUUGUUCGGUAAAAUUCCCGUCUUAAAUGCCGUCAGUUCGCUUUUGAGUACCAUCAAGCAGACAUGGUCAACGCAGAGGUCCGCACUGCGUGACCUUGCUGUGGAAGCCAAACGCAGGCUAUUAUUUACUUUGGAUGCGGAAAGUACAAUAACACUGUGGAGGAUUACGGAGGAUGGUCUCAAACUUCUUACCACAGUAAAGCACAAUCGUGGCUCCGCUGAGCGCCAUCGACACCCAGAACCAGCAGCAGAUGAUACAAGUAGUCUUGUCAAGAUCUUCUGUGUCUCACCUUACGAUGAAAAUUGCUCCCUCAUCGCUAUUUCUUCGAACGGCGAACAAUACCGUUACGUCUGUCAAGAAGGGAUGUGGGGAAGUAUUGACGCGAGUCUCUCUUUACGUGAGCGGUUAGCGCCAUACAUAUCUUCUAGUCGUGAAGUUAGCGUCUGUUUUGCCUCUGAUGGUAUUACUCUCUUUUGUCACACUGAGAAAUGCGACGAAAGUGAUUCUUCGGAUUCUGUGGCUGUAGCUACUUCCCCAAAGGCAAUCUUGCCACCGCAUCAUCAUUGCCGCGAUAUUGUCGCAAGCUUUGAGCCUUCCGCAUCCCGUAUGGUUCGGGUGGACGCUAUUGGCGAAGUCCCUGUAAAAGAGUGUGCAAGUCCUAACGAAUUGUGUUCUCAGAUUUCGUGUUCUCCAAGGCAGUUUGUAUUUGUUCAUCGCCAUGGCAUUUCAACGUUCAUGAAACUGCGACCGGUGGAUACGCUUCACAUGAUACUUUCAUCAUCGAGUCAGCAAACUCGUGACGGCCUCCUUCAACGGUUUUCUUCAGUUUACAGCGCUUCUGAUUACUGCUGUAUGCUUGUGCAAAUUGCUGUUGGAUGCACAAAUGUGCCAGGUAUUGUGAAUGGACCAUACAUCGAAAACGGCAUCGCUAAUUUCCCCUUCUCUCAGAUGGAGAAAUCCCAUGGGAGGACGCAACGGCCUCAUUCAAUGGAGCAACUUGGCUGUCAACUAUUUGAUACAACUUCACAAGAAGCUCAACGUCUUGCCCGCGAGAUACUUCGCAAUGCAAUGAUGCCUAGUUGGCAUGAAGGCCUGGGAUCCGGUGGUAGUACAAGACAGAUUGUUGUGCAAAUGUCACCCUUCGCGUUGGGCGUUUCGGCAUACAUUGGGAGGGCGCUAUACGAUGUGUGGCAGGCAGUGCUAGGAAAUCUUCCACUACGUGAGUUAUCCAUCGUGGAAGUGGCGCUUUCUUCCUUGGUACGACUGUUAAACAGUUUGAAAAGGGAUGUAUGGUCAGUGAACCUUGUCCAACCCACUACGCCUUUUCAUUGGGAUCAGAGCAAAGUAACGCUGACCUUUCCAUCCAAUGGACCGUCCAUAUCUUCGUACGACCUCAAACGGCUCCAAUCCGCGUUUUUGUACUCAUCUCACUCUUUGUGUGAACGGGUGCUGCAGACGAUAAGAUUUGCCAAGCAAACGGCAUACAUUCCGCUUCUCCAAGAUGAUAGCAAGCUUACAUUUGCGCAAGUUGUGUGUGAUCAAAGCGUUGCACAACGACUGGCGCGCUACAUUGGGAGAGUAGUGUUAUCCUCAGAGCAAGGUGUUGGAUUUUCACAACAAGAACGAGUUGGUCCGAUGACGCAACUCCAAGUAGAAUGUCCGUACUUUUUUAAUUCCAUCGAUGUUCAGGAGUACAACGCACGCAUUGAACUUGAGCAGAUACUCUCUGGAAGUAAUGAGAGCCUCCAUACAUUAUCUGAAAGCAAAUUAACCGAAUGGGAGUCUUCCGUUGCUCAAAUGGCCGCGUCACUUUGGUCUUCAGGAGCACUGCAAGGUAUAUGUCAGCAGCUGAAAGCACUUAAAAAAGAAGACACAGUGGUUAAGCUCUUACUUCACGCAGCAUCUCAGUUGGACCCAAAUAACUCAGCAUUUGAAGUCUAUCUUGCCGAACGAAGUGGUAACAGACGUCAAGGCAUAAGCACUGCACUUGAAGAAGUUUACCAGCAGAAACAAAAGGUACUGGAGAUGGUGGUUAGAGCCUUGGAAGAUGCAUGGAAUACACAUCGUAGCAUUGUAGACAAUCUGCUUGGCGGCCCACUGUCCUCUGGUACUAUUUGGCAAAUUGAACCUUCGGACGAAAUGGCGCAUUGUUUCCUAUUCGAUUGGAUGUGUGUACCACGAGACGAUCCAACAAUCACAUCCAUGCUCAAGGAAACCAUGGCCGCUGUGCGCUCUCCGUUUCUUGAGGUUUACCUCCAGCGAAAUGCAUCGGCACUGGGAGAGACAUACGCCCAUUACCUGCGGAGAACAAAACGAGAUUACAACAAGGCCAUCGGAGUUUGUGCUGCGAUGGCACAGGCACCGCUAACAGAUAUUCCCCGGGAGGAACGCAUACUGUACCGACUCCGCUGUUGGUCUGAGGCAAAAGAGUGCGCAGCGGAGUGUAAUUCUGACCAGCUUACUCUCCUGGAGCAGCGUGUAAAGCUUAUGGAGGCACAACUGCAGCUGUCGAAAGUUAUCUGUGAUUUUAUUAAUAGCGGAAUCCCUCAGUUGGAUCGACGGUUUACAGUGGAUGGACGUGGAUUUUUGACCGAACGUCAAGUGGCGCUGGAGCAAGUUGAACUGGUGGAGAAUCAUGCGCUUUCUGCAAGUCAAUUACUCGAGGUUGCUGGCAUGUUCUGUGCCUUCGGAGGGGCGGAAAUACAGCUUGACGUCUUGGGUGCGGCGAACGUUACAGACGCUUCACUUUACGCCGCCUGUAUUGAACGAGCUUUUCAGAGAAGAAAUAUCACGGUUGAAGAGAUGGCAAGGCGCAUCCUUGGGAAGUGUGGGCACAUAAUUGCCUUUCCCUUAAGUCACGUAGCCAAAAUACUUGAGGCUUAUGCGUUUUUUCAAUCACCUGAAGGAUCGACACUGACUGUUGACGUGCUCAGUGAUUGUGGAGUAGAGCGCAGUAUCGUAUUCUCAACACUCGCGGCAAUUCUUGAAAAAAAAGACACCGUUGGCGUUCCAUGCGAAGCCUUUGAUCAGGCUGGUGUGACAGACGCCUUCUUGGUGCACUCACUGGCAGUUGCACUACAUCGAGCUGUGCUUGUACCACAUAUUGGAUCUGUGCAGUUGCAUUUCUUGAACAAUGCCCUCAACACUGUUCGUGAAGGUAUUAAUAGAGUUGCGUAUCUUCCCAAUGAUGAAUACAGCUGCCGAGCAUUGGCCACAGCAGAGAGAAUACUGGAACAGUGCCACCUCGCAGCAGGUCGUUUAAUGUCAAGAAUUGGAUUCUAA